CUAGGGUAAUAGAAAGAAGUUGGUGCCUAGUGCAGAUAAUCCCAAGAAGAUAAAACAGUUUUAUGAUUGUCUGGCAACCAUUAUGACAUACCAGCUGCAGUCAUUGUGUCUCAACUCCAUCGCAGAUUUCACAAACUUCAUCUGUGAUGUGGGGUUUGCAAACUCAGGGUUUGUUGUGAGUAUAGCCCAGAGAAGCAAGAUCCUCGUUUUUGAGCCAACAUUCAACAGCUACCACAAUACGCUGUUGAACAUGUACAACAUGAUGAUUGCAGCUGUGAGGAACCUACCCUGCCUUGAAACCAAACUCUAUCUGGAUUGGGGAGGACCACAGAUGGUUCUUAAGCCCAUCAUUCCAGAUGACAUUGUAGAACAUGACAAAGAGAGGGUCAGCAACACUCUUGAAGAUCAGAGAAUUGGGCCAGAGUUGAGAGUUCAAGAUUUUGAUGAUUAUAUGAACCUUAUUAAUGAUGAGGCCCAGGAGGAACUGGACAAGUUCUUCUCUGCAGAGCACCCAUUUGAAGACUUUGUUCCACUGAUUCUGAAGUAUCAUGAGCUAGCUCAGGAGAUACCAUGUAGAGCUGAACAUGUUGUGAGAAUGGGGAUGUACGAGAUGCGGCGUGGUGAUCUGAUCCAGACUAUGGUCAGACAGGCACAGGAUCUGAGAGAUCAGCUGCUGGCUCGAAUGACACAUGAUUAUCAAGCCUUGUGCAAACAACUUGGAGAAGAGUAUGAGGACAUAGCGAACAAAGCACUAACUCCUCCUACCAAUACAGCAGAACUCAUGGAUUUCAUAGUAUAUGUACAAAAAGUGGAGAAUGAAACUGUAUUCUUGAUGGAGGGUCGAUUGCGAGAGAUUUGCAAAUACAUGCUGUUUCUUGCUGAUUACACCACUUUUACUCCAGUUGAAGUGAAACAGAACUGUACCACUUUCCAGUGGUACCUUCGCAUGCCAUCUAUUUUUGAUGAACAUCGCUUAAUAGUUGAACAGAAAACAACUGAAUACCAGGAGUUUCUAAGAGUCCGAAUUAAGAAGUUUAUUGAGGAUUUGGAGUCUUAUGAAAAGCAACUGGAUGAAUUUAAGACGUAUGGCAACUUAGAAGACUUACCCAAAUAUCUGAAAAAGGUACAGCACUUGGAUGCACGCAUCCAGAAUGCAUUGGACAAAAUAAAUCACUUCAAUGAGGAAGAAGUUGCUUAUUGUUGGGAACAAUCACAAUAUCCUCUGCGGAAGAAACUGGCAGAUAAGCUGAGCCCAUACAAGAAGUUGUAUGAAAAUGCGACUGAAUUUAUUUCAAAACAUGAGGUCUGGAUGAACAGCCAGGUGGGGUCACAUGAUCCGGAUGAAAUUGACAUUGAUGUAGGUGUGUUUUGCCAAACCAUUUAUAAGCUGGAGAAGGUGUUUGCUGAACAACCUGCAGUGAAGGAUUUAACUUCCACUGUCCGGGAAAAUAUAGAAGAGUUCCGUGAACAUUUGCCUAUCAUUCAAACACUGGGAAAUCCAGGAAUGAAAGAGCGACACUGGGAAAAGGUUUCUGAACUUGUUGGCUUCCCAAUAAAACCUGGUCCAGAUUUAACUCUUGCAAAAGUAAUUGACUUUGGACUGGAAGAAUUCCUGCCACGUUUUGAAGCAAUUAGUGAAGCUGCAACUAAGGAGAAUAACCUUGAGAAAGCUUUGAUUGAGAUGCAGAAGGAGUGGGGUGAGAUGCAGUUUAAUGUUAGUGCCUACAGGGAAAGUGGUACGCACAUCUUGUGUGCAGUGGAUGACAUACAGCUCUUGCUGGAUGAUCACAUUGUCAAGACACAGACCAUGAAGAGCUCUCCAUACAUAAAACCAUUUGAACAGGACAUUAUGAUAUGGGAAGGCAAACUAACAUUACUGCAGGAAAUUCUGGAUGAGUGGCUCAAAGUGCAGUCAACUUGGCUUUACCUUGAACCAAUAUUCUCAUCACCUGAUAUCCAAGCUCAGAUGCCUGAAGAAGGACGCAGAUUCAGUGCUGUUGAUAAGAUUUGGCGGGACAUCAUGAAGUCAGUGGUGGGUGAUCCUAAGGUGUUAUCUGUCGUAGAGAUAGAUAAGAUGUUGGAACGUCUGAAGAAGUGCAGUGGCCUGCUGGAGGUGAUACAGAGAGGUCUCAAUGACUACUUGGAAAAGAAGCGACUUUACUUCCCACGGUUCUUCUUUCUAUCCAAUGACGAGCUGUUAGAAAUUUUGUCUGAGACUAAAGAUCCCACUCGUGUGCAGCCACAUUUCAAAAAGUGUUUCGAGGGGAUUGCAAACUUGCACUUUACAGAUGAUUUAGAUGUGACUGCCAUGAAGUCGAUUGAGGGGGAGGAAGUAGUGUUGGUGGAUGUUAUCUCAACAUCACUUGCUAAGGGUCAGGUUGAGAAGUGGCUGCUGGAGCUAGAAGGGGAUAUGAAGAAGAGUGUACACAUGCAGGUGAAGAAUGCAUGGGAGGCAUACCCAGUCAAAGAAAGAGACCACUGGGUGCUGCAGUGGCCAGGACAGACUGUGCUGUGCAUGGCCAUAACAUACUGGACCUCUGAAGUUCAUGAAGCCAUCAGCCUUGGGGCUGGUGGCCUCAGUGCAUGCCUGGGAGUAUGCAAUGAUCGGAUCAGCAAAAUUGUGGACUUGAUCUGUGGGAAGCUGAACACUCAGAACAGGAUCACACUUGGUGCACUGGUUGUAUUGGAUGUACAUUCUCGAGAUGUGGUACAAACACUCAUAGAGAAGGCAGUGCAUAAGGAUACUGAUUUUCAGUGGCUGUGCCAGCUACGCUAUUACUGGAGGGACAAUAUGCUGUCAAUUUGCAUGAUCAACUCCUGUUUGAUAUAUGGGUAUGAGUACCUUGGAAACUCACCACGUCUUGUCGUCACGCCACUCACUGACCGAUGCUAUAGGACACUGUUUGGGGCACUACACCUUCAUUUGGGGGGUGCCCCAGAGGGCCCAGCUGGUACAGGGAAGACAGAAACAAUAAAGGACCUGGCAAAGGCUGUUGCCAAACAAUGUGUGGUGUUUAACUGCUCAGAUAGCCUUGACUACAUUUCCCUUGGAAAGUUCUUCAAAGGACUGGCCUCGUGUGGUGCCUGGUCAUGUUUUGAUGAGUUCAACCGUAUUGAUCUUGAGGUGUUGUCUGUUGUGGCACAGCAGAUAUUGACCAUUCAGAGGGCCAUCAGCUUGGGGGUCCAGAAAUUCAUAUUUGAUGGAACAGAAAUAAAGAUGGAUCCCACAUGUGCCAUGUUCAUUACAAUGAAUCCAGGAUAUGCUGGUCGCUAUGAGUUGCCAGAUAAUCUCAAGGUAUUGUUUCGAUCAGUUGCAAUGAUGGUGCCAGACUAUACCCUCAUUUCAGAAAUUGUACUGUAUUCCUAUGGUUUUAUGAGUGCGCGGUCCUUGGCUGUCAAGAUUGUGGCCACAUGCAGACUUUGCUCAGAGCAGCUUUCUUCACAGAACCACUAUGAUUAUGGAAUGCGUGCCAUCAAGUCAGUACUAAUUGCUGCUGGAAACCUAAAAUUUAAGUAUCCAGAUGAGUCUGAGGACAUUCUGGUUCUGCGGUCCAUCAAGGAUGUCAACAUGUCAAUGUUACUCAACCAUGACCUUCCAUUAUUCCAGGGCAUCACAUCAGAUAUAUUUCCUGGAAUCAUACUCCCAGAGCCAGACUACACUAUCUUGAAUGCAGCAGUAAUGAGUGCCUGCAAGGCUGCAAACGUAGAGUGCAUACCGCCUUUCCUAGAGAAAGUGCAGCAGAUCUAUGAGAUGAUGACUGUGAGGCAUGGCUUCAUGAUAGUUGGACUUCCAUUUGGAGGCAAGACAACUGCAUACCGCAUGCUGGCUGAUGGCUUAGCUGAAAUAGAAAACAAGGGUUUAAAGGAUGAACACAAAAUUGAGAUCACAGUGAUUAACCCAAAGUCCAUUACAAUGGGACAGCUGUAUGGGCAGUUUGAUCCUGUCUCACAUGAGUGGUCUAAUGGCGUCCUUGCUGUCAGCUAUCGUGCAUUUGCAGUGUCAACCAGUCUAAACAGGAAGUGGCUGGUGUUUGAUGGGCCAGUGGACGCAAUUUGGAUUGAGAACAUGAACACAGUGCUGGAUGACAACAGGAAACUGUGCUUAAUGUCAGGAGAGACCAUCCAGCUAUCUCCUACAACUAGCCUUUUGUUUGAAGUCAUGGACCUUGAUGUGGCAUCCCCUGCUACAGUGUCUCGCUGUGGCAUGAUUUACAUGGAGCCAGCAACUCUAGGAUGGGAGCCACUGUUGGAAUCAUGGAUCAAUACACUGCCACCUACCCUGCAUGAUCAGAAUAAAAUAAACCUGCGUCACAUGUUUCUCCGGUUCAGCUACCCUCUCCUUCAUCUUAUCCGGAAAGGAGGUGUCAAAGAACUCACCCCAUCUUCUGACUCAAAUUUAAUGCGUUCAGUGAUGAAUUUGUUUGAUACAUUCAUGGAUGACUUUUAUGAUGAGAAGUACAUGCAAGGAAUCUCAGACUUGGAUGAAAGAGCUCAGCUAGAAGGCGUAUUUUUCUUCUCAUGCAUAUGGUCAUUGGGGGGCACACUGAACACCGAAGGUCGUUUAAGAUUCAACAUUCUGUUCCGAGGGUUACUGGAGAAGGAGUUUCCUGCAGCUCUGAAGGAAGAGUUUGGGCUGCCAAUGAAUGUGAAACCACCCUUGAAACCAUACAUAUUCCUUAUUCCAGCUCAAGGACUUGUGUAUGACUACCGCUUCAUUAAAGAGGGCAAAGGAAAAUGGAAACUUUGGGCAGAUGACCUCAAUUCCAUGCCUCCCAUUCCCCGUGAUAUUCCUGCAAACCAGAUCAUAGUGCAGACUGUGGAGACAAUUCGCAACAUUGCUGUUAUAAUGUUGCUUGUUACACACAAAAAGCCCAUCAUGUUUGUGGGGCCCACUGGCACAGGAAAGACCAGUUAUAUCAGGGACACUCUGUUGCACAAAGUAAAUAAGGAUGUGUAUGAGUCACUGAUUAUGAACUUCUCUGCACACACUUCAGCUAAUCAGACACAGGAAAUCAUCAUGAAUAAACUUGACAGGCGAAGAAAAGGAGUGUAUGGACCGGCACUUGGUAAGCAGUGUGUGGUGUUUGUGGAUGAUGUGAACAUGCCCCAGAAGGAAAAGUUUGGCGCUCAACCUCCAAUUGAGCUUCUCCGUCAGUGGCUGGACCACAGGGCGUGGUAUGAUCACAAGGAUAUUUCCCCAGUAAAACUGAUUGACAUUCAGCUGAUGUGUGCCAUGUGUCCUAUGAGCCAGGGUGGGAACGAGAUAACCCCAAGAUUUAUCCGUCAUUUCAACAUUUUGUGCAUUGAUGAGUUUCAAGAUGAAAUCAUGAUUCACAUCUUCAGCAAGAUCAUGCUGUGGCAUCUUGAUACAAGAGGAUUCAGCAAAGAGUUUGAUCCAUGCAUUCAACAGCUGGUAAUGGCAAGUCUAGACAUUUAUAAGAAAUCACGAGUCUACUUGCUGCCAACACCUGCCAAGUCACAUUACCUUUUCAACCUGCGAGACUUCUCAAGGGUUAUUCAGGGUGUGUUAUUAUCUGUGCCUGAAGCUAUGGAGGACUUGAUCUCCAUGAAGAGGCUGUGGGUGCAUGAGGUUCUGCGAGUGUACUGUGACAGGCUUGUGGAUAGCAGUGACCGCAACUGGUUGUUUGACCAGCUCCAUAUGGUAGCAAAUGAGAGGCUGGAAGAGGAUAUGGAUGAGAUGUUCUUGCAGCUCAGAACAGAUGAUAAGAAAGUUUGUGAGGAAGAUAUGAGGAAACUGAUCUACUGCGAUUUUGCAAAUCCUAAAGCUGAUUCAAGGAACUAUAUUGAGGUUCUGGACUUAAACCAUUUGCGCUCUGUGUGUGAGGGCUACCUCAACGAGUUUAACAAUAUGUCCAAGAAGCCCAUGAACCUUGUGUUGUUCAGGUUUGCUAUUGAGCAUCUAUCCAGGAUAUGUCGGAUUCUGAAACAGCCUCGAAGUCAUGGGCUGCUGGUUGGGGUGGGAGGUUCAGGGCGACAGUCUCUCACUCGCCUUGCAGCACAUAUAUCUGAGUAUGAGCUUUUUCAGGUGGAGAUUUCCAAGAAAUACGGCACGAAUGAGUGGCAUGAGGAUAUGAAGAACAUCUUGCAACGUGCAAGUUCUACUGAGCAGCAUGUGGUAUUCCUUUUCACUGACUCACAGAUAAAAGAGGAAUCAUUUUUGGAAGACAUCAAUAACUUGCUGAAUUUGGGUGAAAUUCCCAAUAUUUUUUCAGCAGAUGAGAAGGAAGACAUAUGUGAAAAGAUGAGAGAGCUUGACAAGCAGCGAGAUAAAUCAGUUCAAACGGAUGGGAGUACUGUUGCCCUCUUCAAUCUGUUUGUUUCUGUAGUGAGGGAUCAACUGCACAUUGUACUGGCUAUGAGUCCAAUUGGGGAUGGUUUCCAGAACCAUAUCCGCAGGUUCCCUGCCAUUGUCAGCUGUUGUACCAUAGAUUGGUUCCAGGCUUGGCCUGAUGAUGCUCUGUUGGCCGUGUCCACUCACUUCUUCGCAGAUGUGGAGUUGACAGAGAAGGAGAGAGAUGCUUGCAUCACAAUGUGUCAGGAAUUCCACACGUCAACCCAGGAACUCUCAGUGGAAUUCUUCAAGAGAUUAGGACGGUAUAAUUAUGUGACACCCAUGUCAUAUCUUGAGCUCAUCAACACAUUCAAGGAUCUCCUCAGCAAGAAGAGACAGGAAGUGCUGAUGGGAAAGUCACGCUAUGAAGUAGGCAUAGAGAAGCUGGACAGUGCAGCUGGUGAAGUGUCGGUGAUGCAGGAAGAGCUGGUGGCACUGCAGCCCCAGUUGGUGGUGGCAGCCAAUCAAGUGCAGGAGAUGGUUGCUAAGGUGGAGAAGGAGUCUUUGGAUGUGGCAGAGGUGGAGAAAGUGGUGAUGGAAGAUGAUGUGGUUGCGAAUCAACAAGCAGCUAAUGUUCAAGAAAUAAAGGAUGACUGCGAUGCUAACCUUGCUCAGGUAGUGCCGAUCUUGGAUGCAGCUAUAGCCACCCUUGGUACUCUCACACCUAAUGAUAUAACUAUUGUUAAAACUAUGAAAAGUCCUCCAAAAGGAAUCAGGCUGGUCAUGGAAGCUGUCUGUAUCCUGAAGGAUGUGAAACCUGACCGAAUCCCAGAUCCUGGAGGGUCUGGCAAGAUGGUGGAAGAUUACUGGGCUCCUUCCAAGCGAGUUCUAGGUGAUAUGAAGUUCCUGGAGUCCCUAAUUUCCUUUGACAAGGACAACAUCCCUCCAGCAGUCAUGAAGAAGAUUACUGAGCGAAUCCUUCCUGAUGAGAACUUUGAUCCUGAGAAAAUUAAAUUUGCAUCUACAGCCGCAGAAGGUCUGUGCAAAUGGGUGAUUGCCAUAUCAAAAUAUGACAAGGUGGCUAAAGUAGUAGCACCCAAGAAACAAGCCCUUGCCAAGGCUGAAGCAGAUUUUACAGAUGCUAUGGCAGCACUGGAUGUUAAGAAAGCCCAGUUACGUGAAGUCCAGUCUAAACUCGCUCGACUGGAAGCAGUAUUGGACCAGAACAGGAAACGUUAUGCUUUGCUGCAGGCAGAUGUUGAGCUUUGCCAAAUGAAACUGAAGCGGGCAGAGGAGCUGAUUGGAGGUCUUGGAGGGGAGAGGACUCGUUGGUCUGCUAUAGCAAAAGCACUUGGUGAAAAAUACUUCACUCUGACAGGUGAUGUGCUGAUUGGAUCUGGUGUGGUGGCAUACCUGGGGGCCUUCACACUGCAAUUCCGUGAGCAACAGAUAGCCUCCUGGGUAGACCAUCUAAGUGCUCUUCAGGUCAUAUGCUCAAAAAACUUCACACUGACCACAGUGCUGGGAGAAGCUGUUGAGAUUAGACAGUGGAACAUCUACGGGCUCCCAACUGAUUCAUUUUCAGUGGAUAAUGGAAUCAUAAUCAGAAAUGCUCGUCGAUACCCACUGAUGAUUGACCCACAAGGUCAGGCAAACAAGUGGGUUAAGAACAUGGAGAAGUCCAACAACCUGAAUGUGAUCCGUUUUACCAGCCCCGACUAUUCCCGUGUGCUGGAGAAUGGAAUCCAAUUUGGAGUACCUGUGCUGCUGGAAAAUGUUGGAGAGGAGUUGGAUGCCAUGUUAGAACAACUAUUGCAGAAACAGACAUUCAAACAGGGUGGUACUUUGUGCAUCAAGUUAGGUGACUCCACUGUGGAAUACAACUCAAAUUUCAGGCUGUACAUCACGACAAAAUUAUGCAAUCCACACUACCUGCCCGAGGUGGCAGUAAAAGUGACUCUGCUUAACUUCAUGGUAACACCUGCUGGGUUGGAAGACCAGCUGCUGGGCAUUGUGGUUGCUAAGGAGCGACCUGACUUAGAGGCAGAGAAGAGUCAGCUCAUUAUGCAGGGAGCUGAGAAUAAAAGAAUGCUAAAGGAGAUAGAAGACAAGAUCCUGGAAGUUCUGUUCACAUCAGAGGUUAAUAUCUUGGAGGAUGAGACAGCUGUUAAUGUGCUGAGCUCCUCAAAGACACUUGCUAAUGAAAUCCAAGAGAAACAGUCUGCGGCUGAAGAUACAGAGAUAUCUAUUGACAAAGCUCGCCUUGUGUACAGACCUACACCAAAUUAUUCUGUUAUCCUCUUCUUUACCAUUGCUGACAUGGCCAACAUUAACCCCAUGUACCAGUACUCCCUGGUAUGGUUUGUGAACCUUUUCAAGGCUGCAAUUGACAACGCUGAAAAAACUGAAGAUGUUGCAAAACGCCUUGCAGACAUAACCAAGUACUUCACAUAUUCUCUUUAUGUUAACAUCUGCAGGAGUUUAUUUGAGAAGGACAAACUGCUCUUCUCACUGUUACUGACUGUGAACCUCUUGAAGAAUAAGAGUCAGGUAGACAUCCAAGAAUGGAUGUUUUUCUUGACAGGAGGGGUUGGAUUGGACAACCCUUAUGUGAAACCUGUUACAUGGUUGUCACAGAAGAGUUGGGAUGAAUGGUGUCGGCUGGAUGAUCUAAAUAAUUUCAAGAUACUGGUUAAAGUGUGAGUAACAUGAGAUGGUUCAGGAUGGACUUCAACAAAACCUGUAAUUCAGUUGGAGGGUAAUAUUUUACAACAUUCUGCCAUUGAGGGUAUUCGUACCCAUUUGGAGGAGAAUCAGGAUGCAUGGAAGGCAGUUUUUGACAAUGCAGAGCCCCAAACCGCUACAUUCCCUG